AUGGCAAGUGCUUCCCUUUUUCAUCUUUCUUUGGGUACUUGUUCUAAUACGAACACUACUCAUGAUCCUCAGGUAAUAGGGAAGACCGGAAAUGAGAGUAAGCCACUACCUUACAGCCUAAGUAACCAUGCAAAUCUUUGGAAGGGAAUGUCUAUUAGUCUUAGCGUCCCCAGCCGGCCCACAUUUCAUUCUUUUCGGUCUCAUGGAUUGCUUGCUUCAACUGUCGAAACCAAGCCUAAAGAUGAUCUCCAAGAGUUGCUGCCAACCUUCCCAGUGAGAAAAAUUGGGAUGGCAAUUUACUCUAUCUGCACCACUUGGUUGAAAGCACUCACUUUCUCCGUAGUAAACCGCAACCGCUACAGUCCUAAGGAGAGUCCUCUACUUACCACCCCACCACACGAACUAGUACGUUUCUUUGAGAUUGAUCUUUACAUUAAAACCAAUCAACCAAAUCUUGAACGAUUUCGUGCUCCUAGAAUUUUCGGUUCUCACACCCAUUAUGCAUCUUUGCCAGAGUCCAUUAGAGAUUCUAAGUGUAAAGUUGUGUACAUCUGUUUCGAUAACGUUUGUCGUGGUAUCCAAAGUCAUGGACCCUUUUGGGAUAGUGUGUUGGGUUAUUGGAAAGCAAGCUUCGAAAGACCAGACAAGGUGCUGUUUUUGAAAUACGAAGAUUUGAAAGAUGAUAUUGUCAUUAACUUGAAAAGGUUGGCUGAGUUCUUGGAGCAUCCCUUCACCGAGGAAGAAGAAAAAGAAGGGGUCAUAGAAGAGAUAUCAAGGUUGUGCAGCUUUGACAGUCUCAAGAGUUUGAAGGUCAACAAAAAAGGUGUCCGUCCUUAUUCUGGAGCUCCAAACAGUUCCUUCUUCAGUAAAGGAGAGGUGGGAGAUUGGGGCAACUAUAUGAAUCCUGCAAUGGCUGAACGUUUUACAAACAUAGUGGAAGAAAAAUUGGCUGGAUCUGGUCUAGUCUUCAAAAUGUCUUAG